UCGUCAACCAUGGAUGCGAGAUGGGCCUCUCUGAUGGGAUUCAUGAUUGUGUGUCGAAUCACUGAAUCGACGUCAGCGAUGGCGAAAUCUUCGUCAUCAUCGUCGUCGUCAUCGUCGUCUACAUCAUUGUCAUCGUCAUCUUCAGUCAGUUCAGCUGAAGUGAUUGAAGCAAACGGCUGCCCUUCGAAUUGGGAUCUCUUGGGUGACCAAUGUCUUCUCAUCCUGGCGUCACCAAAGACUUGGCAAAAAUCGCAGGAGAAAUGUGCUGGCAAAGGGGGUGCUCUAUUUUUCCCAGAAUCUACUGAAUCGGUGGAGUUCGUUAGAGUUAUGAUGACGAUCACUUGCUCUGCGUACUGGUUGGGAUGCAUCGAUCGCACCGAUACCGGAAGUUUUGAGUGCCCAAACCAAGAUGGCGUCUAUUGGAACAGCCAAACAGACUUCUCUGGAUAUUGGGAUUGGAGUCUAUACCCAGCCCCAGCUCAUCGGCUCUCCGGUGAUUACUGUAUCUUGGUACGGGGGACCAGGAGCUGGCUCGAACACCCGUGCGCACAAGAAGAUGCAUGCCCAGUGUGCUCGCGAAAACCACAGCUUCCGACUACUAGAGCGCCAUCAACGUCUCUGGCAGCUAAUCCGGGCAGCACGACUCCUCUUGAUCAAUCUGCCCCUCGCAGUCGACAGCGGAGUAUGGCUUACAGGGCAAUGUCCUGGGAAAGAGGUUGUCUUGGCAGUAGCUACGUGUUCAUGAUAUCAACCGUGUCUUCUCGUAUCCGAUGUGCUGCGCUAUGCCUCUCGCACCCACAAUGCACUUCGUUCAACACUUACAGAAGCGGGAAUAAAAAUUGCCAUCUUAGCUCGGUGGACAUUGCAUCUGUUCCCGGCGAUGCGUUGAUAUACAACGCAUUAUGUACUUACUAUGAAUGGAUUAAAUAACCCGGGGCGCCGAGUUACAUGAGUCGAGAUUUAAUUUAGAGCCAAUUCAUUC